GACAUAUUUUGAUCUGACUAAUGUCAACUGUGAAUCAUUCCUGUUUUUAACUCAACUCAACUUCUCGUUCUUUUUUACUUAAUAAAAUUUAAGUUUCAGCAAAAAUGGAGUGGUUAUUUGGUAAAAAAUUAACUCCCGAAGAAAUGUUACGCAAAAAUCAGCGGGCGCUGAACAAAGCGAUGCGCGAUUUGGACCGUGAAAAAAUGAAAAUGGAACAGCAGGAGAAAAAGAUAAUAGCCGAUAUUAAAAAAAUGGCUAAAGAGGGUCAAAUGGACGCUGUAAAAAUCAUGGCAAAAGAUCUCGUUCGUACUAGACGUUCGGUGAAGAAAUUUAUGCUAAUGAAGGCCAACAUCCAAGCUGUUUCGCUUAAAAUUCAAACUUUACGCUCGCAAAAUGCGAUGGCUCAAGCGAUGAAAGGUGUUACGAAAGCGAUGCAAACUAUGAAUAGGCAAUUAAAUUUACCGCAAAUUCAAAGGAUAUUACAAGAGUUUGAGAAACAAAGUGAAAUUAUGGAUAUGAAAGAAGAAAUUAUGAAUGAUGCUAUGGAUGAUGCAAUGGCCGAUGAUGCAGAUGAAGAAGAAACUGACGCGAUUGUUACUCAAGUUUUAGAUGAAUUAGGACUUCAAUUAGGCGAUCAAUUAUCAGGGUUACCUCAAACUUCAGGAAGCUUACCAGGAGCUGCGGCUAAACAACCAGCUGCUGUAGCUGCCGGAGCUGGAAAUGGAGGACUUUCAGAUGCUGAUGCAGAUUUACAAGCACGAUUAGAUAAUUUGAGAAGGGAAUAAAAGAGUUUAAAAUUUUCGCACUGAUUAAAACAAGAAUUGUAAUUUUUGUUUAUAAUAUUAAGCUUUUUGAUGAAUAUAUCUUAUUAUUUUUUAUAAUAAUGUUAGUGAAAACACAUGUAUUAUGUAAUUUGUUAAUGCUAAUAAUGUAAAUAUGAAUUAAUUAGCGAUUAUAAAUAUAUUUGAAAGGUAA